GCUGUAGGCGGGCCCGGCCCCGCACGUGCCGGGUUGGGUGCCGAGCGCCGGCUGAGACUCCGGAGGCAGCCUCUCCGUUAUUCCAGAGGAGCAGAGGCCCCAGGAAGCCCAGGGCAGGAGACCCGGAAGCCGCCACCCGUUGCCUCACGUGUUUUAAUCGUCGAGGGUUCGAGGCGCACAGGGGGCGGCAAGAAGUGCAGUUACCUGUUUCAGGGAGUAUCUUGGCGGUUCCUGCAAGAACAUUGGGUUUGCCUAUCACAGAUGAACAAAUCCAGGAGAUGAAAUCAAACCUGGACAACAUCGACUUCAAGAUGGCAGCUGAGGAAGAGAAGCAGUUACGACAUGAUGUGAUGGCUCAUGUGCACACGUUUGCCCACUGCUGCCCCAAAGCUGCUGGCAUUAUUCAUCUUGGUGCCACCUCCUGCUAUGUUGGAGACAAUACAGACUUGAUUAUUCUUAGAAAUGCAUUUGACCUGCUUUUGCCAAAGCUUGCCAGGGUGAUCUCUCGGCUUGCCGACUUUGCCAAGGAACGAGCUGAUCUUCCCACCUUAGGUUUCACACAUUUCCAGCCUGCUCAGCUGACCACAGUUGGGAAACGUUGCUGUCUUUGGAUUCAAGAUCUUUGCAUGGAUCUCCAGAACUUGAAGCGUGUCCGAGAUGACCUGCGCUUCCGAGGAGUGAAGGGCACCACUGGCACCCAGGCCAGCUUCCUGCAGCUCUUCGAGGGAGAUGACCAAAAGGUAGAGCAGCUUGACAAGAUGGUGACAGAAAAGGCAGGAUUUAAGAGGGCUUUCAUCAUCACAGGGCAGACCUAUACACGAAAAAUAGAUAUUGAGGUGCUGUCCGUGCUGGCCGGCUUGGGGGCAUCGGUGCACAAGAUUUGUACUGACAUACGACUCCUGGCAAGCCUCAAGGAGCUGGAGGAACCCUUUGAAAAACAGCAGAUUGGCUCAAGUGCAAUGCCGUACAAGCGGAACCCUAUGCGCUCGGAGCGGUGCUGCAGCCUGGCCCGUCACCUAAUGACCCUUGUCAUGGACCCGCUGCAGACAGCAUCUGUGCAGUGGUUUGAACGCACACUGGAUGACAGUGCCAACCGACGAAUGUGUUUGGCCGAGGCAUUUCUCACUGCAGAUACGAUACUGAAUACGCUGCAGAACAUUUCUGAAGGCUUGGUGGUGUACCCCAGAGUAAUUGAGCGGCGCAUUCGGCAAGAGCUGCCUUUCAUGGCCACAGAGAACAUCAUUAUGGCCAUGGUGAAAGCUGGAGGUAACCGCCAGGAUUGCCAUGAGAAAAUCAGAGUGCUCUCCCAUCAGGCAGCUGCUGUGGUCAAGCAGGAAGGGGGUGACAAUGACCUCAUAGAGCGUAUCCAGGCUGAUGCCUACUUCAGUCCCGUUCACUCCCAGUUGGACCAUUUACUGGAUCCUUCUUCUUUCACCGGUCGUGCAUCCCAGCAGGUACGGAGAUUCUUAGAAGAGGAGGUGCAUCCCCUGUUAAGACCAUAUGAAAGUGUAAUGAAGGUGAAGGCAGAAUUAUGUCUGUAGAGUUGGAAGAGAAUUAAACAAAAAACCGU